CCUUCUCACCUCACACAGCAAUUCUGCAUUCUCCCUAGCAGUCAAGCACUCGAAACCACUCGCGAAUCAAGCCCUAGCCUUCCUCCCCUCUCCCCCGAUGGCCCGCACGAAGCAGACGGCGAGGAAGUCCACCGGCGGCAAGGCCCCGAGGAAGCAGCUUGCGACCAAGGCUGCGCGCAAGUCGGCCCCGGCCACCGGCGGAGUGAAGAAGCCGCACCGCUUCCGCCCCGGCACUGUCGCGCUCCGGGAGAUUCGCAAGUACCAGAAGAGUACCGAGCUACUGAUCCGCAAGUUGCCGUUCCAGAGGCUGGUGCGGGAGAUUGCACAGGACUUUAAGACCGACCUCCGGUUCCAGAGCUCCGCCGUCGCCGCGCUGCAGGAGGCCGCCGAGGCGUACCUCGUUGGGCUUUUCGAGGACACCAAUCUUUGCGCCAUCCACGCCAAGCGCGUCACCAUCAUGCCCAAGGACAUCCAGCUGGCCCGCCGCAUCCGUGGUGAGAGGGCCUAGGCUUCGUCGCCGUUGGGGCUGGAAGUAGUAGUUUCUGUCGGUUUCUUAUCUGGAGAUGUAGAGAUGUUCUGGGUUGCUUAGCUCUGGCUGUGUUGGUCCCAUGGGUUUCAUGGUGUUGUUGGUUGGUCACCUGUGUAAUUUACCUCAAUCCCAUCCGGUGUUACAACGAGACUAUGAACCGGCAAUGAAUACCACCCUUUUCAGUUA